AUGAAUGAAGCAACUUUUUGGUCUUCAUUGUCUCGUUCGAAUUCUAAACUUAAUCGAUCUGAUAUUUCCAUUUUACCAAAUAAAAGUUUCUUCUAUCCUAAAUAUCAUCGAAAAUAUUUCGACAUUCAUCGUUUGCCUAAACAAUCACUACUCAAAUUAGCUGGCAGAAAUGUGACUGAUCAAAUUCUUCCUUGUUUAGCAAGAGCACAUGGACCAGGUGCUAUUUUUCCAUUAGCUUGUGCUCGACAGCGCCUUUUCUCGUUAGUCUACCAUCACGAAGGUGGUGCUCGUCAUUGGUAUAUUAUUCCUGCCCGUGAACGAGACAAUCUUGAAAAAAUAUUUGAACGGAAAAAGUCUUCAAUUUGUCUCGAACAUAAAGAAUUACUUAUUGAUCCUUCCGUACUUGAUAAACAUCAUAUUCAGCACCAUCGAAUCAUCCAGUAUUCGAACGAGUUUGUAGUUUGUGCAGCUGGUGCUUUAGCACAGAGUUUUAGUGAAAGUGCAAGUUGGAGUGAAUCGAUCGUCUUUGCUUUGCCUAGUUGGAUUGAAGACGGUCAUGCAACUGCUCAAAAUUCAACAUGUCAAUGCAAUAUUAAAGUUUCUUCUCUACCACACACAAUCGAUGCUAGUUUAUUUAGAAUUGAACUUAUACAGAAAUAUAUUUCCACACAUCUUAAUAUUGUCAAUUAUGGCAAAACAUCUGAUAUCGAAGGUUAG